AUGGAUGAUGCUGCAGUCCUUAAAAAGAGACGCUAUGUGCUGGGAAUGAAACUGGGAGAAGGAUCUUAUGCUAAAGUAAAAUGUGCCUACUCUGAAAAACUGAAAUUCAAUGUGGCAGUAAAGAUCAUAGAUAAAAAAAGAGCGCCUCGAGACUUCCUGGAAAGAUUUCUCCCCAGGGAAAUAGAUAUUUUAGCAAAAGUAAACCACUGCUCAAUUGUCAAGACCUAUGAGAUAUUUGAGAUAUCUGAUCGCAAAGUUUACAUUGUGAUGGAGCUUGGUGUACAAGGAGACCUACUGGAGUUCAUCAAGACUAGAGGGUCAAUCCCUGAGAAUGUAGCUCGCAAGAUGUUUUACCAGCUAGGCUCUGCCAUCAAAUACUGUCAUGAUCUGGAUAUUGUCCACAGGGAUUUGAAAUGUGAGAACCUCCUUCUAGAUAAGGAUUUCAACAUCAAGCUGUCAGACUUUGGCUUUUCUAAGUGUCUGUCUCGGGAUGAGGAUGGAAAAAUUACUCUCAGUAAAACCUUCUGUGGUUCUGCUGCAUAUGCCGCCCCUGAAGUUCUACAGGGCAUUCCCUAUGAGCCCAAGAUUUAUGACAUAUGGAGUCUGGGUGUCAUUCUAUUUAUAAUGGUCUGUGGAUCAAUGCCAUAUGAUGAUUCAAAUGUUAGAAAGAUGCUGAAGAUUCAGAAAGAACACAGAGUGCACUUCCCGAGGUCUAAAACCCUGACAAUUGAAUGCAAGGAUAUAGUUUACCAGAUGCUGCAGCCAGAUGUGAGUCGGAGGUUGAACAUUGAUGAGGUUUUGAGUCACAUUUGGAUGCAGACUCCAAAAUCCCAAGGUCCUUCACCAGCUUUAUAUGCAAAGGCAGGCGAGUGUUCUCGGAACCUGGAAGAGGUAAAGUCAGAGCACAAGCAGGAAAACGAGCCCCAGGCGGAAACAAAAACAGACAAGAAGCAUGAAUUUAAAACAGCAACCAAGUUGAACUUGUCUGUAAAUGCGGAAGAUGCUGUGCAAGAGGAAGGGCAAACAGAAAUUGAUGUUCUUGCAGACCAAAUGCAAAAAACACAGAUAAAAAAUGGCAGCAAUUAA